AUGCUUCGACUUUCCAAAUCAGCUUUUCAAUCAGCUUCAAAACAUUUGUACAGGGAAUUCUCCUUCGAACAUUACAAAAAAUUGGAGCAGGGCUGUUCAUUAGGAGUUGGCGACAUCACGAUAGUAGGAAAUUUACAUUAUUACUUGUCACAUGUCCGAAUCCUCUCUUUGUCCAGAUCCAGCAAGAAUAUCGAGUUAUCAGAUUGGCCGAAAUUGUUCAAGACCUUUCCUGACGCUUCGAGAAUUACUAAACACGAUCAAAUACUCUAUGGCGGUUUUGUGAAUGGGAUAGAGCUGUUCACUUUCGAAUAUCCCGUCCGCAUCAGAAUAUCUCAACCCUCUUCAACAACGAGACCUAAGCGUUGUUCAUCCAGAGCACUCGCUCACCACUACGGAAGUGUAAAGAUACCGAUCGGAUGGCAAGAGAUCAUAAGCCUCUGCGUGGAAGUAUCGGAAAACUAUGGUCUUACAAUCAAAGACGAAGAUCAGAAGGAACGGACUUUCCGACAAGAUAUGAUGGAUCAAAUGGGAAAUUAUGACUCGUUCACCUUAACGAAAUUCUGGAAUCACUCCCCCAUCUCAAAUAAGAUCGUAUUUACGAUACUGAGGGAGCUGGAUCAAAAACGAUUACUCGACGUCAAAUGCCUGUCGUUCCUGAGGCUCGAUCAGGAUAUGCUUGAAAUUAUCAGAUUGCUUUCCAGAUCACUUCUUACCAUUUCGCAACACCCUAAAGAUCGGACCGAGACUGUCGUGACUUUCGAACAGAUGCUGGCACUGCUACACUGGAAGGGCUUGACCAAGUUGUCCACCAUUGAUUUAGGGAACUAUCGACUCCGGGCUUCGUCUACAUCUCCAAUGGCUUCGAUGCCUGAGAUUAGCAUACUUUUGCGAGGCUGUAGAGUUGCAAAGGGCUCUUCCACUUACUGGAGCUUCAUGAUCUACCUCAAAUGUUUCAGCGUCACCGAUAGUGAUGCUAAAACAGGCAAGAGCGCGGAACAGUACGCCAGAGAAUUGGCCAAGGUGUCACGUCAAUACGUGAAGACAGAGAAGACGACUUUGAAGCUCUCAAUGACCAUGGUCCACCAAGGCCCUGGGUAUCGGUACAAGACCUCGAUACAGAUCGACAAAGCUUUCGAAAAAGAACUAUCAGGUGCUGAGGUGACGACACCUGAUGUAGAGUCCUAA